AUGAAGUCAAUAAUCUUUGGUCUUUCCCUCGCCGGUGCAGCUGUUGCUCAAGGUGUUGUUGUUAAUGGCGCUUCGAUGAUCCCUGUUUCCGCGGUAGCAACUCCAACCCCCGUCAACAACGGGCAGUCUGGUUCCUAUACUACCUCGGGCUCGACGCCGAGCUCAUCUGAUAGUUCCGCACCCUCGUCUCAGGUCACACAACCCCCAAGCUCCUCUUCCGUCGACUUUUACUCGAUGAUGCCCUAUUCAUCGUACCAAAGCGGCGGUUACAAGAGUUUGGAAUGUGGUUACGGUUGGAAAAAGAGUUCCGACGGUUCUUGCAGCAAAGAAUCAUGGUACACUCCUACAAGCGAAGGGUGCUAUGCUACCACCAUCAUCAUCAACAAAAACAGUGGUGGUGGUUACGGCGGUGGUUACGGUGGUGGUUAUGGCGGUGGAUGUGGCGGAGCCAUGACUGUUACCAUGACUCAGAAGGAGACCGAGACCAUGACGGUCACCCAGACCAUGAAGGAGACCGUUACUGUCCCUACAACCGUGACCAUGAAAGAGACUGCAACCAAGGUUGAGAUGGUAACGCAGACAGCUACUGAGCUCACCACUCGUGUGUGGGUUUCUACCGAGAUUGUCGACAGGACUCAGACCAAGGAACAUACUCUCACUGCCACCGAAACCAGGACCAACAUCUACACUCAAACUGCGACUCAGACUGAUACUGCUACUGUCACUGACAAACAGACGGAAACUCAAAUGGUGACCAAGACCGACGUCAAGACCAUUGUGCAACCCACCACCUAUGUCAAGAUCUGGACUACCACCAGUGUCAUUGACAACACAAAGACAGAGGUACAGACGAAGACCGCGACAGUCACCGACAAGAUGACUUCUAUUUCGACCGCCACCAAGACUGAGGUCAUGACUGAGAAGGUUACUGAGACUGAUGUCAAGACUGUCAUACAGCCUACCACCUACGUCAAAGUGUGGACUACCACCAGCGUCGUUGACAACACGAAGACAGAAGUGGAGACCAAGACUUCUACGGUUACUGACCAGAUUACUUCUGUCAUGACCGCUACUGCCACCAAGACAGAGACCAACGAAGUCACGACCACUGCGACUGAAACCCAGUCCGCCUGGCAGACUGGUCUCUACGAAUGUCUUGGCAAGUGCAAGUCACAGUGGGGAAUGAAGAUGGGCAAUGGAUACACUCAAAACACCUAUGCCACUCAGACCAGUACCAUGGCUGAGCAAGCUACUUCUUCGAUGAUGGCGUACCAAACAACGUCGGGCUACAUGGCCAUGUCGACAUCUUCAGGCAUGAAGGAAAUGUCGUCUUCGAGCAUGGAGGCAAUGUCGUCCUCAAGCAUGAGCGACAUGUCCUCAACCACGAGUGCAGAGAAGUCGCAGUCCACGGAGAAGUGCAAGGAUGGUAAUCCUUGCUAA